AUUUGUACAUGACCGGAAAAUAAUGGAUCUCGGUGGAAACGGUGUGGCUUUGCCUGUAAACAAUAAACAGAGGGCCAUGAUUCCCAAUAAAAGCAGAGGAGAAUUCACCAGAAACCAAAGGAAAGAUUCGGAGGGUCUCUCUGAGUCACCGGACUUGGAGUUUGAAUAUUCCGACACAGACAAAUGGGCUGCGGAGUUGUCAGAGUUGUAUAGUUACACUGAAGGACCAGAAUUUGCCCUCAACAGAAAAUGCUUUGAGGAGGAAUUAAGAGAACAUGUGUCUGACAAAAAGUGGACGGAGCUGGAUGCUGCUCAGCACAGAGCUCAUGCAAUGCGCCUUUUGGACAGUCUGGAGGUGAUCGCUCGGGAGAAGAGGCUGAAGGUCGCUAGAGCAAUUCUUUACAUGGCGCAAGGAACAUUUGCUGAGUGCGGCUCUGAAGCGGAGGUCCAGCACUGGAUGAGAUACAACAUCUUUCUACUGCUGGAUGUGGGGACCUUCACUGCGCUGGUGGAACUGCUCAACAUGGAGAUUGAUAACAGUGCCGCCUGCAGCAGUGCUGUGAGAAAGCCGGCCAUUUCUCUGGCCGACAGCACCGACCUGCGAGUUCUGCUGAAUAUAAUGUACCUGAUGGUGGAGACCAUACAGCAAGACGACCCUGCUGACCAGCCUGAGUGGAGGCUGAUCCGGGAAACUUUUAGAGCUGAGCUGGGCUCUCCACUGUUCAACAACGAGCCCAUAUCAGUCAUGCUCUUCGGUAUGGUGACCAAGUUCUGCAGUGGUCAUGCGCCUCACUUCCCAAUGAAGAAGGUGUUAUUGCUGCUGUGGAAGAGCAUCCUGUUCACUCUGGGUGGUUUCGAAGAGCUUCAAACCAUUAAGGUUUGCCAGCGUGAGAAGUUGGGUCUUCCUCCUCUGCCUGAGGACAGCAUCCGAGUCAUACGCAGCAUGAGAGCCGCUUCUCCUCCUGCAUCUGCAUCUGACCUCAUAGAGCAGCAACAGAAACGAGCUCGCCGAGAACAUAAAGCUCUGAUCAAACAGGACAAUCUAGACGCCUUUAAUGAAAAAGAUCCUUACAAAGCCGACGACUCUCGCGAGGACGAGGAUGACAACGACGACAAUGACAACACGAUAGAGACGGAAACUUUCCCCAUAGAGAGGGACGAAGUGAUGCCCCCACCUAUUCCUCAUCCACCAUCAGAGAGGGUCUCGUUUCCAAAAGGUCUGCCGUGGGCCCCUAAAGUCAGGGAAAAAGACAUUGAAAAUUUCCUGGAAUCCAGUAGAAGUAAAUUUAUUGGUUACACUCUUGGGAGCGACACAGAUACGGUGGUGGGUCUGCCCCGGCCAAUACACGAGAGCAUAAAGACUCUGAAGCAGCACAAGUACGUUUCUAUUGCUGAGAUUCAGAUCAUCAAGGAAGAGGAGUAUCAGAAAACACCACUGUCUGGGGGUGAAGAGGAGGUGGAGAUGUGCGCGACAGAGCUGCUCUAUCAGGGAAUUCUACCCAGUUUACCUCAGUAUAUGAUUGCGCUGCUGAAGAUUCUUCUGGCAGCUGCUCCCACUUCCAAAGCCAAGACGGAUUCCAUCAACAUCCUGGCAGAUGUGCUGCCAGAAGAGAUGCCGACCACAGUUUUGCAAAGCAUGAAGCUCGGAGUUGAUGUGAACAGACACAAAGAAAUCAUUGUCAAGGCCAUCUCUGCUAUCCUGCUGCUGCUCCUUAAACACUUCAAACUCAACCACAUCUACCAGUUUGAGUUCAUGGCUCAACACCUGGUGUUUGCCAACUGUAUCCCCCUCAUUUUGAAGUUCUUCAAUCAAAAUAUCAUGUCGUACAUUACAGCUAAAAACAGUAUAUCGGUGCUGGACUUCCCUUACUGUGUGGUGCACGAGCUUCCAGAGUUAACGGCAGAAAGCCUUGAAGCCGGAGACAACAAUCAGUUUUGCUGGCGGAACCUUUUCUCCUGCAUUAACCUGCUACGGAUCCUCAACAAACUGACCAAGUGGAAACACUCCAGGACAAUGAUGUUGGUGGUGUUCAAGUCUGCUCCCAUCUUGAAGAGGGCCCUGAAAGUCAAGCAAGCCAUGAUGCAACUCUACGUCCUGAAGCUCCUCAAAGUUCAAACCAAGUACCUAGGGCGCCAGUGGCGGAAGAGCAACAUGAAAACAAUGUCUGCCAUCUACCAGAAGGUCCGCCAUCGGCUCAAUGAUGACUGGGCUUAUGGGAACGACCUGGACGCUCGUCCGUGGGACUUCCAGGCCGAGGAGUGUGCGCUGAGAGCAAACAUUGAACGGUUUAACAGCCGGCGCUACGACAAGAGCCACAGCAAUCCAGACUUCCUCCCUGUGGACAACUGUCUGCAGAGCGUUCUGGGGCAGCGGGUCGACCUGCCGGAGGACUUCCAGAUGAACUAUGACCUCUGGCUGGAACGGGAGGUCUUCUCCAAACCUAUAUCCUGGGAGGAGCUGCUGCAGUGAAAAAAAACAACAACAAAAAACUGCCCUGACUUUUACAAAUAGUUCACUGCAUGAAGACGAUGGAGGCUCACUGCCAUGUGAACGGAAUGGACCACAACCAAAUGGUUUACGGUUUAAUUGAUGAAUUUAAUAUUGUGGUUUUAUUUCCUUUUGUAAUGUUUCUUAAAUCUCAAAAUCCACAGACUUUUUUUUUGGUGCGGCAUCAACCUGCGGCAUCUGCCUCAUGAACAGUACAUGACUAUGUUCGCGCCUCUUUUUAGUGUGUUUAGAAUAAGUCCAGGUUUUAUCAUUCUGAAUUUAAACCUGAGGCACCGUGAGACUACGGUCAUGAGUGAAUGAGUAUUGUAUGUCUGUAAAUAUUCAAAUCAGAUCUCUAACCCUUUGGCCUUUGACUCUCACUGCCUGUAGGAAACAGACUUGGCUGACCUGCUGCAACUUUGUAAUUGCAUUAUAUUGACUGAUUUAUAGGACUUUUGUUAUCAUCCACAGCCUCAACAGUUCCAGUUAUGGUUGUGCUUUAUUUUUUUUACUUCUCUGUCCCCCCAGAUUUAUCAGUUAAACAUUGUGUUUUAUGAACUUUCCUCUUCUUCAUUUUUUUUUUUACUUAUUUCUCGAUUAAGACAUGAAAUGGCUUGUAUAUUGUUGGAACUAUUUAAUAUAGAUUUGUUUGUUUCGCUUACAUUGUCAUUGUGAUACAAUCAGACACCUAACUGGUCAAUAAA